AUGGGAUCAUACUGGAGUGCUCGUGAGAGUGAAGAAUGCCCUUGCUGCUCACUCUCUGUGAAAAUCAUAAGAAUGAGAAAUCUGAGAAAGGCAGAUCUGUUUAGUCAAACUGAUUGCUAUGUAAGCCUGUCCUUGCCCACCGCUUCCCCUGAGACUGUCCGGACCAAAACCAUCAAGAACUGCAAAGAUCCAGUGUGGAAUGAAACAUUUUGCUUCAGGAUCCAGAGCCAAGUAAAAAAUAUUCUUGAGCUGAAAGUCUAUGAUGAAAAUGCAAUCACUAAAGAUGACCUCCUCUUCACUGUCCUCUUUGAUGUUGCUAAAAUCCAGCUCGGAGAAACUGUUCGCUUGACUUUCCAGCUAAAUCCGAAGACACAAGAGAUGCUGGACGUUGAGUUUGCAUCAGAGAGCAUUCCAGUGCCUCCUGAAAAGCUUGUCACUAAUGGUGUAUUAGUGUCUCGUGAAAUUUCCUGCUUGGAAGUCCUGGUGGACAAUAGACGGACAAAGAAAGAACCUUCAGAAAAAGACUUCUUAUUUUCAGUGAAGGGAUCCUACGAAGAGAGCCAGACCCUGUCGUUGGGCUCUACCCAGCGACUGGAGGAGUCCCUGGAUUUCCAUUACAUCAAGUACAGCCUGUCAGAGCUGCGCAUGGCUCUAGCAGAGAAGCCUCAUUUCUGCUCGGUAUGUGAUUGUGAAGAGAGAAAAGACUGCCAUGCAUCCCUCACUAUUCCUCUGGAUUCACUUCCCUUCAAGGAGAAAGUAGCAGUAGCAAAGGAUGAAACAAUCAAUUUACAUGUGAAGUCAAAUGACUGGUCAAGAAACUUAGAUGUUCGCUUGGAGUUUGAUCUAUGUAUGGAGGAGAAAAACUUCCUACAGAAACGAAGGAAGUUUGUGGCUUCUGCUCUGAAAAAAGCACUUCAUUUAGAGCGAGACCUCCAAGACCAUGAGGUACCAGUUGUAGCAGUCAUGACAACAGGAGGUGGCACCCGGGCACUGACAUCUCUGUUAGGCAACCUGUUGGGUCUUCAGAGGCUGGAUCUCCUAGAUGCUAUUUCAUACAUCACCGGGUCAUCUGGUUCAACAUGGACCUUGUCAUAUUUGUAUCAGAGUGCUGACUGGUCACGCAAGGAUCUGUCCAGACCGAUUGGUGAAGUUCGCAGACACAUGACCAAGAGCAAGCUGAACUGCUUUUCCCUGGAGAGCUUGAAGUACUAUGACAAGGAGCUAAAGCUGCGGAAGCAAGAGGGAUACCAGAUCUCUAGCAUUGAUUUUUGGGGGCUUCUGCUGGAAAAAGCAUUAAGUGAUGGGAAAACUAACCACAAACUCUCAGAUGAGCGACAGGCAUUGAAUCAGGGACAGAAUCCCCUACCUAUCUACAUGGUCCUCAACAUCAAAGAAGACUACAGCCUUUCAGAGUUCAAAGAAUGGGUGGAGUUCACCCCUUACGAAGUUGGGUUCUUAAAAUACGGUGCCUUCAUUCGUGCAGAGGAUUUUGGCAGCGAGUUCUUCAUGGGUCGCCUAAUGAAGAAGCUCCCUGAAUCCCGCAUCUGCUUCAUGAAAGGCCUGUGGAGCAAUGUCUUUUCGUACAACCUGUUGGAUGCCUGGCAUUCAUCGGAUCCUACAGAAAGGCUCUCACUGAGGUGUACCCAACACAGGACUGUUGAUGUUGAAGGAGAUGAGCCUUCCCCACCAGCCAGGAGCCAUGAGUUGGGGACUUACUUAGUCACCCCUGAAUGUGGCAUCAUGGGCAUCAUUCGGCAGGUCCUGACCGAGCGGGUGAUGGUUUCAAAGUUCUACAACUUCCUGAAAGGGUUCCAGGUGCACAACGAAUACCUUCAGAGCAAAAGCUUCCAUAUAUGGAAAGAUACUGUACUAGAGAAUUUCCCCAACCAGCUGACAGAAACAGCAGAGUUCAUGUGCCUGGCAGACACGGCGGGAUACAUCGAUAUCAGCUACCCACCGCUCAUGAGGCCGGAGAGGAAAGUGGAUGUUGUCCUCCACUUAAACUAUUCUUCUGGAUCACAGACAUCGCCUUUGGAAGAAGCCUCCAAGUACUUCCUAAAGCAGGGAAUCCCAUUUCCCAAAAUCCACCUGAGUGAAGAGGAAAAGAAAAAUCUAAAGGAGUGCUACAUCUUCGAAGACGCAGAGACCCCAGAGGCGCCAAUGGUGGUGUUUUUCCCGCUAGUGAAUGACACCUUCAGAAAAUACAAAGAGCCUGGUGUGGAGCGUAGCCCUGCUGAGAUGGCACAGGGCAAUGUGGACGUUUCCAGCGUUUUUUCCCCCUACUGCUUAAACAGCUUUACCUACACAGAGGAGGAAUUCGACAAGCUGGUAGAACUGACCAGCUACAACAUUCAGAACAACAAACAUCUGAUCCUUCAGGCUUUGAAUUCAGCCAUAGAGCAGAAACGACAGCACAAAAAAUAA